CUCAAGAUUCAAAUCAAUGGAGGUUCAUGGUUGUAGCCUCUGUUGUGUUGGAGGUAAAAGAUAUCUGCAGUCCUUUAUUUGGGCAACAUCACUAUCUCGGGGUAUGGGAGAACUCCUGCUGAUAAAUGUUGUUGGCUUUUCAGUAUAUGGAUGAGGAGGUCGAACGCUGUUAUGAAGAGUUUUAUGAGGACGUGCAUACAGAAUUCCUGAAGUUUGGUGAAAUUGUAAAUUUCAAGGUAUGCAGAAAUGGUUCAUCCCAUUUGCGGGGGAAUGUCUAUGUUCACUAUAAAUCAUUGGAUUCAGCCGCGCUUGCUUAUCAGUCCAUAAAUGGUCGUUAUUUUGCUGGUAAACAGGUAACAUGUGAGUUUGUCAGUGUGACGAGAUGGAAGAUUGCCAUAUGUGGGGAGUAUAUGAAAUUGAGGUUUAAGGCAUGUUCUCGUGGAACUGCAUGCAAUUUUAUCCACUGUUUCCGCAACCCUGGUGGAGAUUAUGAAUGGGCUGAUUUGGAUAAACCGCCUCCAAGAUACUGGCUCAAAAGGAUGGCUGCUUUAUUUGGUCAUUCCAAUGAAUCUGGGUAUGAGAAACAGAUGGAGCGUGAAAGUUCGGAACAGCUGUGGAACACCCGAAAGAUAUUAACAACUGACACAGAAAGGCACCACUCUAGAAGAUCUCGAUCAAGGGAGAGGGAAUGUUUGAGUGGAAGUUCAAGAGAACACUAUGAAGAGCAUGAUCUUCAUAGGAGAGUGCAUCGACAAAGGCACAACAGUGAUGCUAGAAGACAAUCAAAAGUUCUUGAUGAAAAAAUUGGUACAGAGGAAACAAGUUCUAGAAAUUACCGGCAUAAGAACAGAACUCAUGAUAUUGAUUCUGAUUUAGAUUGGUCGAACAGGGAUAAAGAUAAAAACAGAAAACAUGAUAGGAAAAGGAAAAGUUCAAGACACCAGAUAAAUGUGUCGGAAUUGCGGGAUGACCGGGACAGAAAAAGUAAAGCUAGUGCAACUGAUUCUGAUGGAGAUAUGUCAGAUAGGGAGACGGGAAAGGAUAGAUACCAUGGUCGCACUAAGAAAAGCUCAGAACGCCGAAGGAAAGUGUCUGAAAUCCUGGAUGAUUUUGAUGACAGCAAGAACACAAUUCGUGGUACUGAUUACAGUGGAGAUAGAUUGAGUGAAGACAAAGAUAGAGGCAGGCUCAGAAGGCAAAGCUCGAGAUAUUGGAACCAAGUGUCUGUAUCUCCAGAUGAUUAUUGGGACAGCUGGAGCAGAGACCAUGAUAGUGAUUCCAGCGACGGUGGGUUAGAUGCGGACAGAGAUGAACACGAUCGUCACUCAAGGGAAUGCUUAAGGAACUCAAAUGAAAUUUCAGUAUUGUCAGAUGAUCAGGGGGGAUUAAAAAAGAUUUUCAACAAUAAAGUUCACCAGAGGGAGUCUGACCUGGCAAAAUUCAAACUUCAAAAAGUCCAAGAACAUAGCCACUCCAGCCGAAGGGAUUGUUUGGGUAGAGAGACUAGUGAAGCUGACUUUCCUGACGAGCGUCUGAAAUCAGGUGAGAAUCUUGAGAAUACCAACUCCAGUCGAUACGAUCGAAGAAUUAAAUCUCAUGAUCUUGAAUCAAGGUACGGCUCCAACAAGAAGGCUGACAAAAGGGGUCAUCAGGAAUCUGAGAAAGAGUUUCCUGAUAAGCACAAAAAAUCCAAGCGGAAAUUUAAAAAGGAUGAGAGGGUUUACUAUGACAGUCCAGAUCGAUUUGAAGGCAGAAGUAAAUCAUAUGAUUCUGAAUACUACCUUGAUGAUGGAACUGGUCGCUGGGAACCUGAUUAGUUUUUUCCUGAAAAGCACCAAAGACAGAGAACACAAAUCUGGUUGUGCUAAUGAUAAAUGAUAAGAGUGUGAAAAUUAAUGCUUAUGACAAGGAUUCAGACGAGUACUUGAGAGAUCGUAGCUGGUCAAACCGUGGAAACACACUUGAUAGAUUUGAGAUGGAUACUGCUGACAGUACGGAAAAUAUGGAGAGAAUGCCAAUGGUAUCGGGAAAAACUACAAAAGGCAUCACAAAAAGAGACGGUUCUUGAGGAUGCGUCCGUGGCAUUCAAAGACUUUUCUCCAGAAGGUUCCGACUGCAGGAUUAACUUGAAACUAACAUUCUGGGUUUCAAUACCGUGUUGAUGAACUGCUGCUGAAUGUUGGAGGUGACGAUGAGCUACUUACUUUCGUUGAUACUUGAGCUGGAGGAUGACUGAGAAUAUAGUUUUAUACGUAUCAGUUCACUGUAAAGUAUUUAGUUUCUUAGAAUUAAUCUUUGUUAAUUUAUUUUUCGCAUUGGUGAUGGGUUUUAUUUUUCUUCAUUUCAAACUGAUAUGAAAAACAUUGCAUCAUUAUGGUACUUGGGAAAGAGAAUGAAACUCGAACCCAGGUUCGGAACCUGGUAAAAGGUUUCUGUGGUAUUGGGCUAGGCCCGGUUCGAGUCGAUAAGAACAACUCCAAGGAAAGUUGUUGUCAAAAAUGGGGUGUCAAAUGUCAUUGUGUAACCUUAAACAGUAUUUUGACACCCCUGAACAGUGUUUCUGAUUAAAUGGUAGGUGUCAAAAUAGGGUGUCAUUUUAAUAUUUCAUUUUCAAG